AAUUCUGCAAGUGGUUCUGAUUUACUAUCACUGUUCUCUAGCCAGUCUAAAACCAAUUUUGACCUAAAGGAACGCUUUUUGGACGCCAUGGAUAUUUCUCAGUUUCCAGGCAGAAAGAACAGUAAAAAUGCAGGCAGGGCACAGGACAAAGCACUCGGGACAAAAUGUAUGUGAAAUGGUUUGAUACAUGAAUGUCACUUUUUGUCAUUUUCAAAUUUCCCGCCAGUUCCGUCCCGACUUCGCAGGGGAUGGAACCCAGAUGACAGAUGCCGGCAUCCGCCGGAUUACAUUGCUGGGGACACUGCAGGAGGGACAU